AUGGCAUCAAAUGCUACUACUCAACCAUUAUCGAUUAAUACAACUAAAUCCAAUGAAGCUGGUUAUGAUUUUGCAUUAAGUCCAACUGAACCGGGAAAGUUUGAUUUUUAUAGGGUCCACGUAGAUAAUCAAACAAAUAAAAAUGAUGCGAUGUUUUCAGAUAACUACGAAGUAUCGAAUUCAUCAAAUGAUCUACCAAAACGUUGGACACCAUUUUAUAAUAUGAAACAUUUAUCUGAUCAACCUAAAACUGCGUCAUCAUCUGCACUAUAUGCCAAAUCAUCAGCCGAUACAGAUACUAUAUCUACAAAUAAUAAAACACUAAAUAAACCAAUACAAACAGUUGCAUCAUUUUCAUCUUUAACUGAUGCUGUUAAAAAUGCUAUGCAAAGAGGACAUUUAAAUACUACUACAAAUCAAUUGCGACGACAAGCAAAUGGUACAACAUUAUCGUCAAAAGAACUUAAUCAUUUAUCACCUCAAUCAAUGUAA